UCAGAUUCAGCAUCUCUCUCUCUCUCUCUCUCUCUCUCUCUCUCUCUCAGACACAUACAAACACACUUUGACUUUCUGUUUUGAAGAUAUUUAAGGUAUCCGCAACAGGCAGAGCUUCAUAAGAGAUCAAAUUUGCUGUUGUCUCCUUUUUGAGGUUCUGCUACUGUAAACUUGCAUACAGCCAGCUGAAAUAAACAUGUCUUCCUACUGGUUUCCGCUGAAUGCAGUAUACAAAUGGUGGUAUGGUUCUGAAUUGUAUUCUAAACCCUGGAGAAGCGUAAACUGGGAAAGUAAAAGUGAGAUUGUAGCUGAUAUUAGAAACAUAACCCCAAGUAAUCCAAAUAUCAACCAUCUUCGGAUCCUGCUGCAUGGACCUGUUGGAAUGGGAAAGACGAGUUUUAUAAAUUCCCUCAACAGUGUCUUUCAAAACCGAAUUAUUACUAAAGAGAAAGCAGCACCAUCAUCAUCAACAAGCUGCACAAAAAAAUACAAAGGCUGUGAAAUCAAACAUCCAGGCUCCGAAACUUUGAAACUCACCAUGUUUGAUUUUAAGGGUCUGGAGUUAGGUGCAAGAAAUGUUCAUGAUGAUGAUUUGAGAAGUGCACUCCAUGGACAUUUACCAGAUGGAUAUAAAUUUGAUGAUGCCAAUCCCCUGACUUCGGAUGAUCCAAACUACAUUCAAAAUCCCACAACAGGACAAAAAACACAUUGCGUGGUCUGUGUUGUGUCGGCAAACUCCAUCUCUCGGAUGCCAAAUGAAACCAUCGGCAAGAUGAAAAGAUUUUUGGAGGAAGCCAGUGACCAUGGAAUCCCUCGAGCUGUUGUCAUGACUAUGGGUGAUCUUCUCUGUCCAGCUGUUCGGAACAAUAUGAAAUACAUAUACAUAAGCAAGAUCAUAAAAAAUAAGAUGGAAGACUGUAGUAACAAACUGCAAAUUCCAAUGAACUGCAUCUUCCCUGUGAAUAACUACCACGAGGAGACAGAAACAAACGACGACAUGGACAUGCUCCUCCUGCUGGCACUGAAACAAAUUGCACAUUUUGCCAAUGAUCACGUUGCAGACCUCCAAGAGUAGAAAAAAAAAAAUCUCUGAAUACCUGCUGUUGAGAAAAUGUCUUCUGGCAUCAUGACCAUGUUACAGAAAAUAGAAUAGAUUUUACUUUACUUUACCUAAUUCAGUAUAUAUGCACAGAAAACAAAUCAUUAUUCAUUUUAUCAAAUGCAACGCUUUUUAAUCAGAUAGCUAGGAGUAUUAUAUUAUCAUAUCAUUAUCUACUCAAAUCAAAUACACAUUGUGUGAAAAAUAUAUUCAGAUUGUGAAUAAGUUCAUGUAGGAAUGUAUGCAUGAGGUUUUUUUUUUAGGAUUAUGUUAUUUCUACAGUAAUCAUUUUUAUGUUUAAGUAAACAAAUAUUGUGUGAAGAAUAUAAAAGAAUCUAAUAAAGACAAAUCUAUUUAGGUGUAGAUUAUGGAUUAAUUGUUUAACAGCAUAGAAAGCUUAAAACUUCGCCUAUAAAAUGUAUUUUUAAUAAAAAAAUAUAUUUUUUUUUUUUACUUUUGAUCACAUAGUGAACAGUGGCUUUGGUCGAAUAUAUAUAUAAUUUUAUAUUAAAAUUCAGACUAAAUUAGUUAGUGUGUACAUUAAAGUGGUAUAGAAAUAGAUUAAAAUAUAAAUAAAUAAAAUGUUUGUCCUAUAAAAUAUUGUGUUUAAAUGUAAUAAAAAUCAAUAAAUGGAACUUUCAAAUUUAAUCUAUGAAUGUAAGCUCACUGGAUCUGGAUCACCGCUUGCAUUAGUACACUGUACAUAAUUAAUUUCAUGUUGUUUACUAUUUACGAAGCCAUAGUUUUUUAAUAAUAAAUGCAUUUUAUGACAGAAUACAAAACUUUUUGAAAUGAUUUAUACAUUUUGAGUCCUUCCUUUGCACUUGCAACUUUUGUCCACCAGAGGGCAGACAUGUUAUAUAAAUUCAAUUAGACUCACAAAAGAAAAAAAACUGGAAGACAUUUAAUAGACACAAAGUGAAAAUAAUAGGAAGUAAAAAAAAGGAAAAGAAAUAUAAGGAAUGAAUGAAGACUUUUUUGUGAAUUAAUUUACAUUUUGCUCAUUUAAACUUAAAUAAAAUCAUUUUACGUGGACACAGUGGAAAGUACUUUUCACAGUAGUUUAUUGUCUGGCCUUAUACAGUACAUGAAGGACAAAACCUUUGUUAAUAAGCUCCUGCAGUGAAAGUUGUCUUGUCUUGUUAGGACCUUGUGGACGUAAUUUACAGCACUUGGCAGACUUGCCAGAGUGACCUUGUUGUUGAGGGUUGAGGGCCCAGGAGAAGCGGCUUGCCAGUACUGAUGACUGAACUCAUUACCUUUCAGUAUA